CGGAGCAGAGGGGUGGAAGGCGGGAGGGCCGGCCGGGCGCGGGGGCUGGCCCUGCAGAAGCCAGGGCGAGCCCGCGGCCUCCGGAUCGCGCACGGUCGGCGUCUGGGCCUGGCCGGAAGGUGCGGCCGCCCUGCCGCGCCCGGGGCCGCCGCGAUGCCCUUCCUGCACGGCUUCCGGAGGAUCAUCUUCGAGUACCAGCCGCUGGUGGAUGCGAUUCUGGGCUCCCUGGGGAUCCAGGACCCCGAGCGGCAGGAGCCUCUGGACGGGCCUGGCUAUGUCGCCAGCGAGGAGAGCCGCAUCCUCGUUCUCACUGAGCUGCUGGAGAGAAAGGCCCACUCCCCAUUUUACCAGGAAGGUGUGAGCAACGCCCUGCUGAAGGUGGCCGAGCUGGGGCUGACGCGGGCAGCCGGCGUUCUCCUGCGCAGCGGGGCCAACCUCGACUUUGAAGACCCCGUCACUUACUACACGGCCCUGCACAUCGCUGUCCUGCGAAACCAGCCCGACAUGGUGGAGCUGCUGGUGCGCCACGGGGCCGACAUUAACCGGAGGGACCGGAUCCACGAGAGCAGCCCCCUGGACCUGGCCAGCGAGGAGCCCGAGCGCCUGCCCUGCCUGCAGCGCCUGCUGGACCUCGGAGCAGACGUCAACGCAGCCGACAAGCACGGAAAGACCGCCCUGCUGCACGCCUUGGCCAGCAGUGACGGGGUGCAGAUCUAUAACACCGAGAACAUCCGGCUCUUACUAGAAGGAGGGGCAGACGUCAAGGCCACCACCAAAGACGGGGACACCGUGUUCACCUGCAUCAUCUUCCUGCUCGGGGAGACCGUGGGAGGGGACAAGGAGGAGGCCCAGAUGAUCAGCCGCUUCUGCUUCCAGGCCACACAGCUGCUGCUGGCCCACGGCGCCGACCCCAGCGAGUGCCCGGCCCACGAGUCCCUCACCCACAUGUGCCUCAAGGGCUUCAAGCUGCACUUGCCUCUCCUGCGCUUCCUGCUGGAGUCGGGAGCCGCCUACAACUGCUCCGUCCACGGUGCGUCCUGCUGGUCCGGCUUCCACAUCCUCUUCGAGAGGCUCUGCUCCCACCCAGGCUGCGCCGAAGACGACAGCCACGUGGACCUGCUGCGCAAAGCCGAGACCGUCCUGGACCUCAUGGUGACUAAUUCCCAGAAACUCCAGCUGCCUGCAAACUUCGACAUCCACCCUGUGGGCAGCCUGGCCGACAAGAUCCGGGCCCUUCACUUCUCCUUGAGGCAGCUGGAGAGCUGUCCCCCGUCCCUCAAGCACCUGUGUCGCGUUUACAUCCGCCUCUAUCUCCAGCCCUGGCCGGUGGACGUGAAGGUCAAAGCCCUUCCUCUGCCGGACAGGCUGAAGUGGUACCUCCUUAGUGAGCACAGCGGCAGCGCGGAGGACAUCUGACUGCGCCCCGGCUGACGGGAGCGGGGUCUGGGCAGCUCAGCCAUUGGCAGAUUUCGGCACCUGCGGCAGCCUCGGGGAGAACCUUCGGGCCUUCUGGCUGAGGGUACGGGUUGGGCGACGAGACUUCAUCCUCACUGAGCACCGAGGAAACCAGGUGGAGCCUGGCGGCUGCGGUCAUUCCAGGAGGAAAAGGCUCUGUCUUCCAGGGGGACCGCCCUCCCCGAGCGUCGACCACACUGGGCAAAGGGACAGGGUUAGACUUGGGGCAAGUGUCCACUCUUCAGUUUGCGGGGAGCACUGGGCAGGGUAGCUCCGAGGCUAGGUCCUGCCGAGAGCCGCGGGAGGCUGGUCCGUCCUGCGUGGGGCCCAGCUGACGCCAUGGGGGGCCUGUCGGGGGCACCCCACACACACUAGAGGAGGUCACUUCCCGAAGUGCUUUGGGGGAGUAGGGAGAAGGCCGAGCCGACGCCUGCUGCCUCUGGCGGCCCUGGGGCCCGGUCACCUCCGGCCGUGGACUGGGCUCUGGUGGUGACUCUGUGCCAAAUCCGGGGCCCUGGGGACCGUGCCUUCUGCUGAGAAGUAAUCCUGCAUGGCUGGGGACUGCCCUUUCCGAAACGUCUCAAUUUUGUGAGGGGCGCAUCAGAUGGAGAGCACCACCAGCACUGACCGCUGUACACGCUGCACCCGCACCGAGCCGAGUCCGUGUCAUGUGGGUCACCGAAUGGUGUCAGUGCCUUGGAAGGAAGCUGACACAAGUAAAUGGUUCAUUUUAACCUUGA